CUCACUGACCUGUUUCCACUUGGCUGUUUGACUUUGGAGAGGACACUUCUGCUGCUGAUCAAACCUUUAUAAAUAAUGGAGGAAUCGAAUUAUGCUAAUGUGACUUUUAAAAUGUAUGAUAUCCCCACAACUGAAAAACCAAACAACCAGGAAAUAAUCUACGAUGAGGUGAAGACAAAGGACGAGAUGUGCGAUCCACCUCCGGCCAUAACUGGAAGUCCAAAGAAAGUCCCUCAUGUUUUGGUUCUGGUGUCUUUGGGAGUUCUUUGUUUCAUCCUGAUGUUGGUCAUCGUCUCGCUCAGCAUCCACUUUGCGUACGAGCAGAGGAGACUCAACAUCACCCUCAUGGCUCAGAAUCAGAGGCUCCACGCAGAGAUGGAGGCCCUAAUGAGACAAACCCAAGAUCUGAUCAGAGACAGGGACAAACUCAACUGGACCAUGGAAGUCAUCCUGGAAUACGACAGAUUCCCGGUGGAUCAGCUCUGCCCACAGAAAGUGUGUCAACCCUGUCUGGAUGGUUGGAUCCUCUUUCAGUCUAAAUGUUACCUGUUUACAAAACAUCACUAUUAUUAUGAAUGGAAAAGCUGGAUAAGUAGUCAGGAAUUCUGUCGGGAAAGGAAUGGAGAUCUGGUGGUGAUCCAAAGCAGGGAGGAACAGGAAUUCAUCAGUAAUCACACAAUGGAAUAUAAUGAUAAAAACCACGGUUACUGGAUUGGGUUGAGCCGCAGAAACACGAUGGACGUGAGGAUGUGGGUGGAUGGAAGUAACCUCACUGUGAUGUUCUGGGGGACAGAAAAACCGAACUACAACUCCUACUGUGUUCUAAGUAACCCCCAUGAACUCCCAUUGGCCAACUGGAUGAGAGUUAGCUGUGACAUGAGGAACCGCUGGAUCUGUGAGAGCAAAGCUCUGAUUGGACCGGAUUAGGACUCAGCCCCUGGAUCAGAACAUUUAACAUUUUAGCUGUAAUAAAAAAAAUCCUCAUAAUGCUGUCAAAUAUGGAAUCUUUUUGUUAUUUUGUGUCAUGAACUAUAAUAAUCGUUUAAGGAACCAUUGUUCAUAUUUAAUUGAGUUAUGCAUGAAGUGCGUGUGCAUGUGUGUGUGUGUGUGUGUGUGUGUGUGUGUGUGUGUGUGCAGCUAGUGCACAUAUGUUGUAUUUGAUUUUGUGUAAGUUUGUUUAAAUAAAAUCUAAGUAUUAAAUAUUUUUUAAUGUUUUAGUCUUUAGAUGAUAAAACUGAACACUAAAGAACU